CGGCGGCGGCGGCGGUUCCGUGUCGCCGGAGCCCAAGCACGCAGGCCCGUCCCGGCGAUCGGGGGGCGGGCGGGGCUGGGGCGCCAUGUGGUUCAUGUACGUGCUGAGCUGGCUGUCGCUCUUCAUCCAGGUGGCCUUCAUCACGCUGGCUGUCGCCGCUGGACUUUAUUACUUGGCAGAACUGAUAGAAGAAUACACCGUGGCCACCAGCAGGAUCAUAAAAUACAUGAUCUGGUUCUCCACGGCUGUGCUGAUUGGCCUCUACGUCUUUGAGCGCUUCCCCACCUUCAUGAUUGGCAUGGGCCUCUUCACCAACCUCGUCUACUUUGGCCUCCUCCAGACCUUCCCCUUCAUCAUGCUGACCUCGCCUAACUUCAUCCUGUCGUGUGGGCUAGUGGUGGUGAAUCAUUACCUCGCGUUUCAGUUUUUUGCAGAGGAAUAUUAUCCUUUCUCAGAGGUCCUGGCCUAUUUCACUUUCUGUCUGUGGAUAAUCCCGUUUGCAUUCUUUGUGUCGCUGUCGGCUGGGGAGAACAUCCUGCCCUCCACCAUGCAGCCAGGAGAUGACGUGGUCUCCAAUUACUUCACCAAAGGCAAGCGGGGCAAACGCUUAGGGAUCCUCGUUAUCUUCUCCUUCAUCAAAGAGGCUAUUCUACCCAGUCGUCAGAAGAUAUACUGAUGCCUGCCCCCCCCUUUGUUGGGGAGAGGAUGCAGGGGCCAGAUCAGGGGCAGCUGGGUCCCUGGGCCUCUGCAGCACGUGGGGGCCCUGAACCCUACAGGCACCUUCUGCAGCCCUGGCCCUCCCCUGGAUUCUUCCAGAAGCAUCCACCCCCAUCUUCCUCGAGGGGCCUGGCUCAGCUCAGACCUGGCACUGUUGGAGUCUGUAACCUCAGAGGGCACCAGGGAGGGCAGCAGAGCUUGCUUAGCCAGGAGGCCGUGGUCCAGCUGGUCGCUCAGGAGCCAAGCCCCCCCAUGGCCCACCCCUUACCCUUCCAUGGUGGGUUAGGAGGCUUCUGGCUCUGCUAGGGCAGGCAGGGUGGGGUUCGUGAAGCUGGAGAGCAGACAGUGACAAGUUCUCCGGGCGGAUGCCCUGAGGAGGGGCCAUAGCUUGGCACUUGCAGGAGGAAUUGUUUUUGCUGUUGAACUGUGAUUUCUGUCCAAGUGCUGAUUCCCAUUUGAAUAAAGAUUCUAGGUGGCACUGUUUGCCUUAAUACCCCGAAAGUUCAUCUUCCUUUUUCCUGCUGACCUUCUGCCCUGGGCCUGACGGACUUUUCUGCUCCAGGGACUCCUUCUCUGGGUUUGAGCCUUGCCUUCCAAAAGGACCGUUCUCGUGGCCCUUACUGGGAAGGGGGUGAGGAUGAGGAGCAGAGCCUGGUCAGGGUGGGAAAUGGGGGGUUCAGGCAGCCUUUCUUAUGCCUCUCCAUUUUCUUCCAUCUUUUCUUUCCCCAAGGCUCCAUGACUGUCAAGCUGGGGUGGGCGACGGGACAGUUUAAGACUGGGUUAGGUUUUCAGAAGAACAUCUGCAGUAUCCUAUUUAUAAAUCUUCCUCUGGAGAAAAGGAGUGGUUUCAGGCUGAAUUCUGUCUCAGGCUCCAGGGGAAACUGAAAAUAAAAAUUGGCUUCCAGGCAGCCUGGGCUCCAGCCUAUUUUUGAAGAAAUGGGGCUGCUGGGAGAAGCUGUUUGUCACUGUGGGUGCCCACAGAGCUGGCCCACUCUUCUGUGUGCUCUUGGCUCCUGGGGCGAUGGUGCUCAGCCUUCCAAGCAGGCGGGCCAGGUUCUGGGCACAAACCAGCAUUUGUUGACCUUGCACUCCAACUACAGUGCCUUGCAGGUACUCAGCAGUACCUAAGAGAGGGAGGUCCCCACGGGAGCCAUUACUGGCCACAUCCUGUGCCUCCGAGUGAGGCUGGCAGGUGUGGAGUGGACUGCACACGCGUGCUACCUUUAAGCCACUGGGAUGACCCCCGUGCUUCUAAAUCUUUCCUCUCCAUCACGCCAGAAGGCCCACGAGAGCGCUUCAUUUCCUUGACUUUAAGAUGUUCUGUUCUCUGAAAACUGCCAGCCUCCCCCUUUCCUGGGGAGGAGCAGCACAGUCUGGUCUUCUCUCGGUGGGAAUGAGACUCCCAGGCCCUUUCAACUGUGCAGACAAGGACAAGCUAGAGAACACCAGAGACAAAAGUCAUCUUUGCCAACAGGUCAACACCUGGCCCUGCUCUCCCUCGUUUUCCCCUUUUCUGUUCCUCACUUCUGACCGGAUGGCUUGGUCCGCCUCCAUUCGCUCCACUGCCAGCGCUCCCAAGGGGGUUGCCAGUGGCCUUGUGUUAAAUCCAGAGGACACUUUUCAUAUCUCACUGCCUCUCUGCAGCAUCUGACAUGGCUGAGCUUGCCCCUGUGUCUUGAAUUGCACUUCCUGGCUUCUGUGGCCCCACACUUCUACCUCUCUGGCCGCUCUCCCCAGUGUCCUGUGCAGGCUGCUUCUCCACUUGCCCCACGCACAGUGGGUGUCUCAGUUCUGUCUUGGCCUCCAUCUGGGAGUCCCUCCACACUGACGGCUUCAAGGACUCUCUGCUGAGGAAUCAAGAGUUGACUUCCAGCCCCAGCCUCCUCCUGAUCUUCUGGGUGCACAGACAACUCAAGUUCAUGGCCCAAAUGGCAUGUGUUGCUCUGCCGCAAACCUGCCCCUCUCUGGGAUUUGCCUUGGCCCCAAGGUCACUCAAGAGUCAGACUGGGAACCUGCCUUCUCUUCCCGCUUUCUCUUUCUGCCCCUACAUCCAAUCUCUGUAACGCUUAAGCCUACUCCCUUAACAUCUCUUGAUCUGAGCCAUUCUCAUUGCUAUCAGCUUUCACCUGGAUUACUGUGACAGCCUCCUGCUGCUUCUCUAUGCCAUGGCCAGAGUUAUCCAAAAUGGCAGAGUUGCUCAAGUCGCUUCCCUGCUUAAAACCUUCCCUAGCUCCCCACUGCCCUCAGGAUAAAGUCCAGGCCCCUUAGCACGGCUUGGAAGACUCAUGCUGUCCUGCCCCAGCUUGCCUCUCCAGCCUCAUCACUUGUCUUGCACUCUGGGUCCCAGCCUCCUGUAUCCAGAGGGCCCACGGUUCCCUCUUGCCACUUUGAGUCUCCUUUUGUCCGCUUCCCUGGCUACUUGUCUGUCAAGUCUCAACCUAGAGAUUUCACUUCCUCCGGGAAACUUUGAAUGUCUCCUGCCCACCCCACCCUCAGCCCACCACACAGAUCACUUUGGGAUUACUUGCCCACUUGAUGGUCUGUCUCCCCACUAGACUGUAAGCUCCUUGAGGGCAGGGACUGUCCCUCAAUUUUUGUAUCAACAGUGCCUGGCUUGGUGCCUGGCAUACAGAAAACACUCAAUAAAUGUUUGUUUAAUGAA